CUGAGAGGAGGAGGAGGAGGAGGAAGGAGAGGUCUGCUGCUGCUGCUGUGUCGGACAAACGAGCAACAAGCUUGUCAGAGUGAAACUGAGAAUUAGAAAACUAAAACCUAAACUACGACUGGUUGGAUUAAAGCUAACAGUGAACCAACAGUUAACAGUUGAGCAGCUAAAGGAGCAGGCGGGCGGCUCAGAGACACAGUGAAGGUAUCAUGGCUGCCUUGUUUACCGAGCUACCCUCCUAGACUCCCCCCGAUAUAUAGAUACACAUACCUGCACGCCCCUUUGAGUCAUACAAACACACACAUUUGUAGCUCUCGGUGUGUGUGAGGGAUGACAACCUCUCACCUGAACGGCCAUGUCGCUGGAGAGGGAGGAGGAGGAGGAGGAGAUGAAGAUCUGAGGGGAGGACAACAGCAUCGGGAGAUGGCCGUGGACUGUCCGGGAGAGCUGGGGAGCCGGACGCUGCCCGUCCGACGAUCUGCACAGUUGGAGAGGAUACGACAGCAUCAGGAGGACCUUCGUCGUCGUAGAGAGGAGGAGGGGCGGCAGAUGGACCUGAACGCCUCGCUCAGACUCAAGAAACUCUCCCAGAAUCCCCACAUCGGCAUCGACAACCCCACAUUCCUGCAGGACACAUACACACCGCAGCAGCCGCCGCUAGGCAGCCAGCACACACAAGCACUGUUGGAGUUGGAGGAGUUGCUGCUGUCACUGAAGCAGGUCCGGGGCUGUCUGUCCGACCAGCAGAGUCAGAAUGACAUAGAGCUGGUUCUUGCACUACUAAACAAGUCUGACUUCCAGUCAGCGCUGAAGAUCCAUAAUGCGGUGGCCAACAGCAUGCACCGACCCUCUCCUCCAUACCCACACACACACCAGGCGCUGCAGAUGGCAAUGGAGGUCCGGAAUGUCAUCCAGUCAAGUCAGAACAAAGAGGGACUCGAACUCCACAGCCUGCUGUCAGACACACACAUCCAGUCGUUGCUUCUGGCACAUGACAGCAUAGCAGAGACAGAAAUGCAGCCUGAACCACUGCCCUCCCAGGGAGAGACGCUGACCCAGUGGGGAGGAGAGACUGUGAAGAUUGUUCGCAUAGAGAAGGCCCAAGACAUACCACUGGGAGCGACUGUUCGUAAUGAAAUGGACAGUGUUGUGAUCAGUCGUAUCGUUCGAGGCGGAGCAGCUGAACGCAGCGGACUUUUAUCAGAAGGAGAUGAAAUAUUGGAGAUAAAUGGCAUAGAGAUCAGAGGGAAAGAUGUCAACCAAGUCUUUGAUAUUCUUGCGGACAUGCACGGCCUCCUGACCUUUGUUCUCAUUCCCAGCACUCAGAGCAAACCUCCUCCUGUCAAAGAGUCAGUGGUACAUGUGAAGGCACAUUUUGACUAUGACCCAUCAGAUGACCCCUACGUGCCGUGCAGAGAGCUGGGCUUGUCCUUCCAGAAAGGAGAUAUUCUCCACAUCAUCAGUCAGUCAGACCCCAACUGGUGGCAGGCUUACAGGGAUGGAGACGAGGAUAACCAGCCUCUUGCUGGACUGGUACCAGGGAAGAGUUUCCAGCAGCAGAGAGAAGCCAUGAAACAGACCAUAGAAGAAGACAAAGAGCCUGAGAAGUCUGGGAAGCUGUGGUGUGCAAAGAAGAACAAGAGGAAGAGAAAGAAGCUGUUGUACAACGCUCACAGGAAUGAUGAUAUCGAUAACGAGGAGAUUCUCACCUAUGAGGAGAUGGCUCUGUACCACCAGCCGGCCAAUAGGAAGCGGCCGAUUGCACUGAUCGGUCCAACCAGCUGCGGGCAGGCGGAGCUCAGGCAGAGACUGCUCAACAACCAGCCGGAACGGUUUGCUGGAGCUGUGCCUCACACCACACGGAGCCGUAGAGAAGGCGAGCUGAGUGGUCGAGACUACCACUUCGUGUCUCGUCAGACGUUUGAGACAGAGCUGGCAGCAGGGAAGCUGAUAGAGUCUGGCGAGUUUGAGAAGAAUCUGUAUGGGACCAGCACAGACUCUGUGAGACAGGUCAUCAACACUGGCAAAAUCUGUGUGCUCUGUCUACACACACAGGCUCUAAAGGUGCUCAGGAGUUCAGACCUGAAACCUUACAUCAUCUUCAUAGCUCCACCCUCCCAGGAAAGACUCAGAGCCCUGUUGGCUAAAGACAACAAGAACCCCAAGCCUGAGGAGCUGCGUGACAUCAUCGAGAAAGCUCGGGAGAUGGAGCAGAGCUGCGGUCACCUGUUUGACGCCAUCAUCGUCAACACAGACCAGGACAAAGCCUACACAGAGCUGCUACGACUCAUCAACAAACUGGACACUGAACCCCAGUGGGUGCCCUGCUCCUGGCUGCGCUGAACACACACACACACACACACACCAUUCAUAGAGUAGACAUACAGAACCCACACUUUUGUGUUUUUACUCAGUGCUGCUGUGGUGAGAGUUGCAACAGAGUAUUAAAGCUACUGUUAGAAAAAACUAAGCCAAGUUUUAGGAGAAAACAUCGCAAUAUUACAAGAUAAGGGAUAUAUAUAUUUUAUGAGAGGUUUAAAUAUGAUAAGAUUAACUGAUAAUAAUAAUUAUAAUAAAAUGUAAUUUGUAAUUUUAUGAGCAAAGGUAAUUUUAUGAGGAAAGUCAUAAUAUAUCAAUUUAAAUUUAAUGUAUACAUUUUUGACUAUGAGAAAAUGUCAUAAUAUAAGAAGGAUAAAACUGAAGUCACAUGAUAAGAUGUAAUUUUACUUGAAAAAAGUUAAAAUAUUAAGAGAUCAAGUUGAAAUUUUAAUUAAAAUUUAAAAUUUUGAGUAUGAAGUUAUAAUUUCACUAAUUAUGAGAAUAAGGUUAUUUUUAGAAUAAAAUGUCACAUACUGUGGUUAGAUUAGAUGAAGUUUUACCUUUACACCUGCUGCUCCAGAUGUGAUCUGUCCAUCACAUUCUGAUCACAAUGCAUUCUUAAUGCAUUUAUUAUAAUUUAUUACGCUUUAUCUUGUGAUAUUCUGACCUUUUCUCAGAAAACUACGACUUUAUUUUUCUAAUUUCAUGACUUGUGAUACUGUGACUUGUUUGCUAGUAAAACUGCAACUUCAUUCUACAACUGGAAUCUUAAGGUAUGACAUUGUAUUCUUAAAAUAACCUUUUUCUUGUAAUACUUCAUCUUAAAAUAUUAUAGCUUUUUACUCUUACAAUUACAACUCUAUCCUUGUAAUUUUAUGACUUGAUUCUAUGACUUAAAUUAUAACAUUUUAUUCUCAAAAUAACUUUGUGGUCAUACUGGGACUUCAUUCUCAAAAUCUUUCCUAAAAUUACAAGUUAAUCUUAUAAUAUUGAAAGUUUUCACUCAUAUAACUACAACUUUAUUUCUGUAAUAUUUUCUUGUAAAAUUACAACUUUAUCAUUGAAAUAUUAUGACGAUUGUGUCAAAAUUAUUACUAUUUUUCACAACACUGUAACCUUUUCAGUUUAUCAACUUUUUUUCAGUAAAUCUCAGAAAUCAGUUUUUCCUAACAGUGGCUUUAAUAGUUGGUGGUAAUGAUAAAUAGAUAAAAUAGAAACAUAUAGAUUGACUGUCAUGAAAGGGAGGAAGUCCUCAACAAACACUAAAGUGAUUGUGGAUUGUGCCUAACUGAUCCAUGAUGCUCCUUCAGCAAAGACAUUUAUCUGAUUUCUGUCAUCAUCACAGUUCCUGAUGAGACCAAAACAUGGACCUGGAAUACUGAGAUUUUUUUUGUUUUUAUGUUGUCUUUUAUGAUGCAUCCUUUGACUAAAUCCUGUGAUCAUUUCAACCAUUACCAUUAAAAAUCUAUUUAAAUUA